AAUAUAUUCACUUAAAAAAAGUGAAAAUGCAUAUGCAUAUGUACAUAUGUAUAUAUAAUAUUUGAUAUAGAAUUUCGUAUGUGUAUUGUGUAAACAUGUUUAAAAGGCUAGAAACGUCAGAAGAUGUGUUACCUAUACUUAUUUUCAUAAGGGACUUGCAUAUUGCGACUAAAACGAUAACCACACAGUGAGUGUUUCCAAUGUUGUGAUAACUAUUAUUUCAUAUAUUUGAAAUGACCGUUUUUAGUUGGAAAUGUAUUGUGUGCGGUUGAACUGUGUGUUUACCUCGGUAUAUGUCCUGCAUAGCAGUAAAAACGCUGUUAUUGUCUGUUUUGUCGUUGCCGUUGCGAUUACCGUUGCCACAACCGUCUUACUGUGUUGUGCGCAUGGUUUGCAAUCGUUAGAGUCAGCAGUGACCGCCGCAAUGCCAACUUUUGUCGAUUAGUUCUCCUGUUUACCUACUCUUUCGUACUCGGUUAUUUACACAUGCACUCGAUUGUACAAUAUACAAAAAUGUGACAAUACAUGCGCGUUUGAAUAUACAUAUCAAGUGGAGAGCUUGUUUUGCAGGAGCAGCAGCAACCUCAAAAGUAUGAAAAACAGUGUUCUGACACGAAAUAAGCGGCAGAAAGUGUUCCAAAAUAAAUCCACUUUGAUCUUUGCAUAAAUAACGAAUCUCGCAAAUAGCUAAAUGAAUAACAGAAAAAUUAAGAAAGACACUUGUAAUUAUAUAGUAAAAAAUCGUUCAGGUGUAAGCUAUAUCACUUAAACAGUGAAAUUGUAUAUAAAUGCAACGGUAAAUUAUUAAUGUCUAAAUAAGUUUCGUUUGAAUGCAAACAUAUAUACAUACACAUAUGCUUUCGCGUAUAUUUAAAAACUGCAUAUAUGCAAGUAUGGGUAGGCAUACUCAGAAUUAUACAAAAUGUUUAAUUGCACACGCAAACGUGCAGCCUACGUAAAGGCUUUCAUCUAACUACGUAUAAACGAACAACACACAUUAGAUAUCACAUAUGGUCAUGUACGUAAAAAUAUGCUUAAAACUAUGCAAUGUUUUAUCGGAUGUUGAUAGCAGCUGAUAUCAUACAGUUUGUGUGUCCAAUGAAUAGGUUAUUGAAACGUUGCUUAUGAGAUUCAUAAAUGAAAAACUUACGCAAUUCGAUUAUCAAGAUAAGCAUGGCGUCGAUAAGCGAUAUUAUCGAUCAGCAGUCACUCACCAGUCAGCUAGUCGACGAGAGCGGUUUGAUAAUCUCCAAUGCAUCUUCAGCGUCUGCACGGCGUGUGUCCGAUGUUGGCGUGAGCGUAGAUCACGCAUCAUUGUCGCAAAAUUCAGCGCUAGUAGAUGGGCAUCGCACGCCAUCAUCUUCACCGACUUCAGCUCUCUCUGCCCACAAUGUCAUCAUAGACGAUCAUAAUGUGGUUGCACAUACAGUGGUAACAACCAGCGAUGGGACCAUCACAGACGUAGAAGGUGCUGGCCCGGUCGUAAUGGUACGCACAAUUAUUGAUGGCCUUAGUCAUAGUCCAGUGCAUUCGACAUUUCAAACGUCAACAACAGUUUCUGCUCAAAGUCAGCAUGAGCAACAGUUGAAUAGGCAGCAUUUAGUCAAUCAUCAUCACCAUUUAUAUCAACACCAACAGCAUCAUCAGCUUGUGACACCGCAUCAUCAACAGCUGUUACAAAUUGCAAAUGGACAUCAAAAUCUCCAAGGUCAGCAUCACACCCAGCAAAAUCAAAAAGAUCAUUUACGUGAUGGUAGCCCUGUGAACUUUGUAGGCUCCGAUGUUACUCUUGAUGAAUUGUCAGUUUGUUCUUCGCCAAACUCUGGCACUGUAACAAACAUUAUUGAUAUCAAACAGGAGGACAAAGUGGUUGUAAUAGAGGAGCAUGACGAAGGCAGUAAGAAGAUUGGUAAGCAAAGAGAUGAAAAUCAUUGUAGCGACCGUAGAACCCUAGAUGUAUCUCACAUUGAUGUUGACGUCGGUGUGGGUGGAAUCGAUGAUCUUUCAACGGACGCAGUGGAGGUGACAUUAAAUCAACAUCACCACCAACAUGUUCAAUUACACCAACAGCAAUUGUUGCACCAUCACUAUGUGAGCGCUGGAGGUAGUAGAAAUGGCAGCAAUUCGAUGUCGCGGAAUUCCCAUGAUAGUUUACAUGAAUGUCAGCAGUCACAUCAUGUUCAUCAGGUUGGCGUAUCAAAUAACAACUAUAGCAAUACGAUUUCUGCACCACAGACAAGUGAUCACCAAGCAUCACAUCAUGAAGCUUUGACAGUAAUUGUGCAACAACAUGAAGAUUCCCGUGACUCGACUUCUCAUAUGCUUAGUCCAGAGAUAGGUGCUGUAGAUGAAAACUCUCUGCAACCGACUUCUUAUCAAACUUUGACAUCGGUGAAUGAGCGCAUUUCUCCGCCCAGCUUUAGCCCAACAUCUUCAUAUGCGACAUUGACACCGUUGCAACCAUUACCACCUAUAUCAACAAUGUCUGAUAAGUUUGCUUACGGUGGCCAUAUAAAUGGCGGUGGUGUAAGCGUCGGUGGUAAUUGUGUUGGAGGGGGUGCUGGUAGUAAUAGUAAUUCCUCAUCGAGUGGCGUUGGGCCAUUCGCGGUAAUGCCGCAUCAGGGCAGUCUGGGUGGUCUUAGUUUAAGCAGCCUUAGUGGAGUACAAUCGCCAUAUUCUUCUUAUGAUAAGCUACCAUCAAUAGGUAUGUCAAUGUCACCACCACACAAUUAUGGUACCUCACCAUCGCAUACUUUAUCGGGCAUGGUGGUAGCGUGUGAAUUACAUACUGCAUCGCCUAGCCCAUGUGGUGCCCUCUCUCCACAAUCUGCAUAUAGCCAUUCUACUGAAUUGCACUCUCCUACGCUAUCGUCUACCUGUAAAACAACUACCGAUGGUAUUAUCACUAACAAUGUCUGCGGUAACACCAAUCUUACUACUGGGACAACAUCUCUUCAUAUUAACCAGUCUAAUUCACGAAAGCAUGUUAUAUGUCUUUCCCAACCUGUAACUAUUAGUAAUGGAACGGUGGUUGGGGAAAAUGUUGUUGUAACGGGUUACGAAUCACCAUACAGUAUACAUCAGCGUGAUCUCUUGGUGACUUCAACACCAUCGUCCCCCUCCACAUCCGGAGAACGAAGUUCCCAUUUGCAAUUACAGCACAGCCCUAUUUUGAGUCCACAUUCGGUAUCAGCUGGUUCAGUAUCGUUAAAUUCUCCUGGAAGCUGUAGUAUGAUCAAUCAACCUGUCGUAACAUUGCCGCCCAUAAAUGGAGCAAUGGCAACUUUAUCCGCUGCUUCGCUAGGCAGUAGAGAUAUCCCUGACAUUUCACGCCUGGAACAAGAUGCUGUUGCAGUAUCGCUUACACCAUCGCCUCCGCCAAACGAUAUGAUGGGAACAGCUACAACUCUUCUCACCAUCCAUCAACCCGUGGGUCAUGCCCAUUCACAACAGCAGCAUUUAGUCACUGUAACAUCACAACAGCACCACAUUGGCAAACAGUCACAUCCUGUAACCAGCGACUGCAACUUAAAUGUUAGCAGCAGUAGCUUGCGUCUCUCCAAUGUAAUGGGUGGACAAAAUUUGCUUAGCAACAACAAUACUUUGUGCAAUAUGGGACAGCCGCAGCGCCAACUUUCUCAACAGCAUUCUCAAAGUGAUCAAAAACAACAGCACUUACAACUUAAUAUCCAACAUGUAACAACUAUUAAUAAUGGUAGUAACAGUUCGAGUGGAUCUAGUGGUUGCAAUACAACAGGUGGCGGUGGCAGUACCUGUAGUAGCAGUGGGGGAGCAAGUGGCGGUGCUGGCAUUGGAAGUGGAGGAAGUGGUGCUCUCACCAGCAGUGCCGAUAUGGAGGAAAUCAAUACUAAAGAGCUGGCCCAGCGUAUAUCUGCUGAAUUGAAACGAUAUAGUAUUCCGCAGGCAAUAUUUGCACAGCGCGUGCUUUGUCGUUCGCAAGGUACACUUUCCGAUCUCCUGCGUAACCCCAAGCCUUGGUCAAAACUCAAGUCUGGCCGCGAGACUUUCCGACGUAUGUUCAAAUGGUUACAAGAACCAGAGUUUCAACGAAUGUCAGCCCUACGGAUGGCAGCAGCACAGAUACCCCAACGCAGUAACACCAGCAACAAUAGCGGCCUAGUGAGCAAUUCAACUAGUGUUGGUACUAACAACGUUGUUGUUUCAAAUAUAUCCAAUUGUGGUAAUGUAAGCGGAAAUGGGGUGUGCCGUCGUAAAGAAGAGCCUCAUAUAGAGCAUAUGCCCCAACCAAAGAAGCCGCGACUGGUAUUCACUGAUCUGCAGAGACGAACACUUCAAGCAAUAUUUAAAGAAACAAAGAGGCCUUCGAAAGAGAUGCAAGUAACAAUUGCUCGUCAAUUGGGAUUAGAACCGACCACGGUAGGGAAUUUCUUUAUGAAUGCACGUCGUCGUUCUAUGGAUAAAUGGCGCGAUGAUGAUUCAAUAGGUUUAGGCAUGCAUCGUCAUUGUAGCAGUGGCAACGGAAACAAUCGCUUAAGUAAUAAUAAUAGCAAUAAUAAUCACCGCAACCAUCAUUACCAACAAUAUCAGCAUUUACAUCAACAUCAUCAGUCGCUUUCGCCGAGCAACCAGCAUUCAUUAGAUUUGGAUGAUGAUGCUGAUAUGGAUUUGGACUUGAGCCAUGAUGAUUUCGACCUAGAAGGCGAACACGAUAAUAAUCCAGCUAAUCACGAUAUGUUGUGACACCAUACAGAGAAGAUAAUCAAAGAAGAACAGCAACGACAUCAUCGACAGCAAGGGAAAAAAAGUCAGCCACUACAGCAGAAACAGCCAAAGGAAACAAAACAGCAGCUGAAGAAAUGUAAAA